CAAGAAGACCGACCCUAAAAGAGAACCACCAAAAAAGUUUGCUGAAAAAUACACCAAUAACCCAGAGAGCCGAAGAAAUACUCCAAGAACCCGAAUCUGAAAGAGAAACAUUCAGAAAAGAUGAACGUCAAAGAGAUGCUUCAAAAACCCAGAGAGCCGAAGGAAUACUCGAACUUAAAAAGGAAUCAUCCAGAAAAGAUGUUAAGCCGAAAAAAUACUCCAAGAACCCCGAACCUAAAAGAGAAUCAUCCAGAAAUGAUAUUAAUACUUCAAAAACUCAGAGAGCCAAAGGAAUAUUCCAAGAACCCGAACCUAAAAGGGAAUCAUUCAGAAAAGAUAUUA